AUAAACAUUCACUGGAAAAUGACUGCAAAACUUGGAGUAAAUGAGCACCAUCAGGCUCAAGUCAUCAACUAUAUGAGAUUUGCUCGUUACCAGCGCGGUCAAAGACUGAGAGCUGUUGAUAUGUGUUUUGAAGACUUGAAAAGUAGCAGACUUGAUGAGACAACAUACACCAUAGAUGAAGUUACGGAUAUGUUGGAUGGACUUCUGACGGUAGUGCGGGGAGAAGUAGAUGAUGAACUCAUCAAUACAUCGCACACGAAUAUCUUACUUUGUCGACAGAUGUUCAUGCAAGCAGAAAAAUGGCAUCUUAAACUAGCAGCUGAUAUCUCAGAAUUGGAAAAUCGAGAUCUAUUAGAACAAAUAGCAGACUUUGAAGAAAAGGAAUUUGCUAAUACAAAAAUGGAUUCAGAUUUGCAAGGAGUGCUUAAAAAUGUGAAGCUAACACCAAUAAAUCAGAAGGGCGGCACAGAACUUCUACACAGGAAAAUUGAAGAACUAGAUAAAGAAAUGAAGAAGUUAAUGGCUGAAAACAAAAAAGCAAAGGAGAAACUUCUCAGCAUGGGAGGAGCUUCAGCUUUAGCUGGUUUAUCAUCAGUCAGUGAAGAUGACAGUCGAUCAGGAAUGCAUGAAUUAGAAGUGGAAGCUAUGAGGAAACAGCUACAAGGCAUGACAGCAGAGCUAGCAGAGACAAAAAAGAGUGGUGCCAUGUCUUUGGGCAACAUGGAGACUGACCUGGCGAGCACGAAACAUGAGCUCCUUAGGAUUCAAGAAAUGCUGGAAAUGGCAGAAAAAGAACUUGAGAAGAAAGUUCAUCAAACAACACCAUUUAAAAAUCUUAAACAAAUGUUGACAAAGAAAAACGAUCAGAUAAAGGAUCUCAGGCGACGGUUAUCAAAGUAUGAAUCCCUUGACGACUGAUGCUGUAGGACUUAUAAAGACUUUGACUUAUACGCACGCCACUCUUCUGUAACUAGCUUGGAUCCGAGUCUUAAGAGCUCUUUGUCUGUACUGCUGUAAGAAUCACAAGGGCUGAUUCUAGUGAAUCUGUGUCAAAUUGUCAGAGAGUGUAGGGCUGCCUUUAGAAGUACGAAAAAACAUUAAUACCUUUUCUUUGUUCUUGAAAAGAAACAUUAAUUUAGAGAGCACCUGUCAUGCAAGGAUGUUAUUUUACACAAUUUCUUUCACUUACUACCUGUACUAUAUGAAUUGUGAGUUUGUUUUAAGUAGUGUUUAUAACUCACCUGGCCUGAAGGGCCAAGUGAGCUGAUGCCAUGGUAUAGCGUCCAUGUCUGGUGUCCAGCAUCUGGUGUCAACUUUUCAGUUUAGUUAGCUUCAUCUCAAUAACCAACAAACUAAAUGUAAUAUUUAUUCAUGGUCACAGGGGCCAAAUUUGUUAAAGCUUGCAAAGAACUUCUUCUGACUAACCAAAAGCAUGGGAUUUGGCUGAUAGGUUCCUUAGAUGAAGCCGGACAACUUGGCUGAAAGGUUCAAAGUGUGAAACUGGACAAACAUUUGU